GCUUUGUUUAAUUCCCCCCGCUACAGAGUCAUGUGCUGCUGCUCCCGUCGCCGCCGCUGCCGCCGCCCGUGGUGCCCCGGCUCCUCCGCCGCGCUUCGAGGUGGCAGCCGCGGGCGGGGCCGCGGAAGCAGGGUCCUGGGCGCCGCGCGCCUCCGCCGCCCCGGCACGUCCGGGAGCAGCCGCCGCACGCCGCAGGUGAUGCCGCCACCUCCCGCCUCCGCCUAAGCCGGGGCUAGGCGGCCAAGCUGCCCCCCAAGGAAGUGCACGGCUGUCUGUAACGUGCCGCCGGGUCCCAGGAUGGAAGAGUGAAGUCUUCGCGUCGCGCCGGUCCCAGCUCGCGGAGCCCGCCGGAAGCCAGUCCCCGGAGAGGAGAGCGCCCUGAGGGAGCAGGGUGGCCGCCUGGUCCAGGUUGCGCUCCCCUGGCUGCUUUCUCUCCCGGAGGAUCUCUCCAAACUCUGUGGCUCUGCUUACCCGAGUGCGUUGGACCCCGGUGAUAAGGAAUGUUUACCCUUGCGGAAGUUGCUUCGCUUAAUGACAUUCAACCGACUUACCGAAUCCUGAAACCAUGGUGGGAUGUGUUUAUGGAUUACUUGGCUGUCGUUAUGUUGAUGGUAGCCAUCUUUGCAGGAACCAUGCAACUUACCAAAGAUCAGGUGGUCUGCUUGCCAGUAUUGCCGUCUCCUGUAAAUUCAAAGGCACACACGCCACCAGGAAGUGCCGACGUUACCACCAACAUCCCGAAGAUGGAGUCAGCCACAGACCAAGACCAAGAUGGGCGGAUGACAAAUGAGAUUUCCUUUGGCGCAUCUGCUGUGACACCUGACAUACCUCUCAGAGCCACAUAUCCUCACACAGAGUCCACGGUUCCAAAUCAGGAGGCAAAGAAAGAGAAGAAAGACCCAGGAGGCCGAAAAACAAACUUGGAUUUUCAGCAAUAUGUAUUUAUUAAUCAGAUGUGUUACCAUCUGGCCCUUCCGUGGUAUUCUAAGUACUUUCCGUACCUUGCUCUUAUACAUACUAUUAUUCUCAUGGUCAGUAGCAACUUUUGGUUCAAAUAUCCCAAAACAUGCUCAAAAGUAGAACAUUUCGUUUCAAUAUUAGGAAAGUGCUUUGAAUCUCCUUGGACCACUAAAGCGUUGUCUGAGACAGCAUGCGAAGACUCGGAGGAAAACAAGCAGAGAAUAACAGGUGCCCAGACUCUACCAAAGCACGUAUCUACCAGCAGUGAUGAAGGGAGCCCCAGCGCCAGCACCCCGAUGAUCAGCAAAACCGGCUUCAAGUUUUCAGCUGAAAAGCCCGUGAUUGAAGUCCCCAGCAUGACCAUCCUGGACAAAAAGGAUGGGGAACAGGCCAAAGCCCUGUUUGAGAAAGUGAGGAAGUUCCGUGCUCAUGUGGAAGACAGUGACUUGAUCUAUAAACUCUAUGUGGUCCAAACAGUUAUCAAAACAGCCAAGUUCAUUUUUAUUCUCUGCUACACUGCAAACUUUGUCAAUGCGAUCAGCUUUGAACACGUGUGCAAGCCCAAAGUCGAGCACCUGACUGGUUACGAGGUGUUCGAGUGCACCCACAACAUGGCAUACAUGCUGAAAAAGCUGCUCAUCAGUUACAUAUCCAUUAUUUGUGUUUAUGGUUUCAUCUGCCUCUACACUCUCUUCUGGUUAUUCAGGAUACCUUUGAAGGAAUAUUCUUUUGAAAAAGUCAGAGAAGAGAGCAGUUUCAGCGACAUUCCAGAUGUCAAAAAUGACUUUGCGUUCCUUCUACACAUGGUAGACCAGUAUGACCAGCUCUAUUCCAAGCGUUUCGGGGUGUUCUUGUCAGAAGUCAGUGAAAAUAAACUGAGGGAAAUUAGUUUGAACCACGAGUGGACAUUUGAAAAACUGAGGCAGCACGUGUCACGCAACGCCCAGGACAAGCAGGAGCUGCAUCUGUUUAUGCUCUCAGGUGUGCCCGAUGCUGUCUUCGACCUCACAGACCUGGAUGUGCUAAAACUCGAGCUGAUUCCAGAAGCUAAAAUCCCUGCUAAGAUUUCUCAGAUGACUAAUCUCCAAGAGCUUCACCUCUGCCACUGCCCUGCAAAAGUGGAACAGACUGCUUUUAGCUUUCUCCGUGAUCACUUGAGAUGCCUUCACGUGAAGUUCACUGACGUGGCAGAAAUUCCCGCCUGGGUGUAUCUGCUCAAAAACCUUCGCGAGCUGUACUUGAUAGGCAACUUGAACUCUGAAAACAAUAAGAUGAUAGGACUUGAAUCUCUCCGAGAGUUGCGGCACCUUAAGAUUCUCCACGUGAAGAGCAAUCUGACCAAAGUCCCCUCCAACAUUACAGAUGUGGCCCCACAUCUCACCAGGUUAGUCGUUCAUAAUGACGGCACUAAACUCUUGGUACUGAACAGCCUUAAGAAGAUGAUGAAUGUCGCCGAGCUCGAACUCCAGAACUGUGAGCUAGAGAGAAUUCCACAUGCUAUUUUCAGCCUCUCUAAUUUACAGGAACUAGAUUUAAAGUCAAAUAACAUACGCACAAUUGAAGAAAUCAUCAGUUUCCAGCAUUUAAAACGACUGACUUGUUUAAAAUUAUGGCAUAAUAAAAUCGUUACCAUUCCACCCUCCAUCACCCACGUCAAAAACUUGGAGUCACUUUAUUUCUCUAACAACAAGCUCGAAUCCCUACCUGUGGCGGUGUUUAGUUUACAGAAACUCAGAUGCUUAGAUGUAAGCUACAACAACAUUUCCAUGAUCCCAAUAGAAAUAGGAUUACUUCAGAACCUGCAGCAUUUGCAUAUCACGGGGAACAAAGUGGACGUUCUACCAAAACAGUUGUUUAAAUGCAUUAAGUUGAGGACUUUGAAUCUGGGACAGAACUGCAUCACCUCCCUCCCAGAGAAGAUCGGUCAGCUCUCCCAGCUCACCCAGCUGGAGCUGAAAGGGAACUGCUUGGACCGCCUGCCAGCCCAGCUGGGCCAGUGUCGCCUGCUCAAGAAAAGCGGGCUUGUUGUGGAAGAUCACCUUUUUGACACCCUGCCACUCGAAGUCAAAGAAGCAUUGAAUCAAGACAUAAAUAUUCCCUUUGCAAAUGGGAUUUAAACUGAGAUCAUACGUGCACAUCCGUGUGCAGGAACAACUUCCUAGAUUGCAAAUGCUCAUGUACCAGUUAUUGCAAGAUAAUGCAUUUUAGGAGUAGAUACACCUUUAAAAAUACAACACAGAGAGGAUGCAUAGAAGGCUGAUAGAAGACAUAACUGAAUGUUCAACGUUUGUAGUGUGUUAAGUCAUUCACUUCCAAAUCUUUUCUUUUUUUUUUUUUUUUCUUUUGGGGAAAGGGAAGGAAAAAUUAUAAUCACUAAUCUUGGUUUCUUUUUAAAUUGUUUGUAACUUGGAUGCUGCCGCUACUGAAUGUUUACAAAUUGCUUGCCUGCUAAAGUAAAUGAUUAAAUUGACAUUUUCUUACUAUA